AGAGACAGAGGAUGGUGAAGGAAGUUGCGACUAAGGCAGAGUUCGACAGCAUUAUUGCGACAGACAAGCCUGUUUUCGUUGAUUUUUCUGCGACGUGGUGUGGACCAUGCCAGAGGAUUGGACCUGUUUUUCACAAGCUAGCUGAUGAGUACGGCGACAAGUGCAUUUGCAUCAAGAUUGAUGUUGACGACAACGAGGAAACUGCGGCUGCUUGUGGAGUUGAGUCCAUGCCCACUUUCCAUGUUUACAAGGGUGGCAAGCUUGAGCACAAGUUCACCGGUGCUGAUGAGGGCACUUUGAGAGAGUGCUUCAAGAAGUACUGCUAGAUCAAAUCUGCUCAAACAAGUGUAAACGAUUGCUUCGUAUUGGGAGGCAGGGGUACUUGCCUACAGAACACAACUUGAAAAUAAGUAAAUAGCUUGUGAUA